CAUGGAUUGGCAGGAAAGUUCUAGCACAGCCCACUUUUACUGGCUCCGAAGUCGUGCACCUCUACCUCGCUCCCCCCUCCAUCAGUUCCUCACCUCACAACUCCCCUCAUCCCUCUCUACAGUGCGAUCUGCCCCCCUCGGCUGGAGGCUCAGGUUUAUCUGGAAUCCAGGUGAAAGCCAUUCAGGAGCCGCGCGCUAUAAGGUGAAGGAGCGGUCCGUCACGAAGCCGGGGGGAGAGCGUGCGAUAAGGACUGGGAACGGGGUUCGACUUUUUCUGCGUCAAUUCUGAUUUGAGGGGCGAGCGGGAAGCCAUGUCUAUAUUCUCAGCUCUCGGGCUGCUCUUGCUGUGCCAGCUUUUGGCAUCAUCUCCAGCCCAGAGACCCGGCCCACGAGGAGCAGUCGGGCCGCCAGGACCCCUGGGACCCGCAGGGAAGGAUGGUACUGACGGCAAAGAUGGCCCUGCUGGACUUUCAGGGAAAGCUGGACCCAAGGGGAAAGCAGGGGGAGCAGGAGGACCAGGGAACCCAGGCCUGCCCGGCCUCCCAGGGGUGGACGGAUUGACAGGUGCUGAUGGGCCUGCAGGGAAGGACGGUCCUCCAGGGGAGUUGGGCGAUGCUGGACCUCCCGGGCCAGGUGGACCUCCUGGCAGAGGGAGACCGGGAGCUCCAGGGCCACCAGGAGCCAAUGGGCUUGCGGGCGGAAUCGGGCCACAAGGACCAGCAGGCCCUGAGGGUCUUGCAGGAUUGGCUGGGCCACCCGGCCCUGACGGACCCCCAGGUCUUCCUGGGGCUCUCCCUGAUGGCAGUGGAGAUCUGUUGUGUCCUGCCAUCUGCCCUCCUGGCCCCUCCGGCCCUCCAGGAAUGCCUGGAUUCAAGGGUCACACAGGACACAAAGGAGACAAGGGAGAGCUCGGGAAAGACGGAGAGAAGGGUUAUGCUGGCCCAUCUGGUCCUCCGGGUAUUCCCGGCACUGUGGGCCUGCAGGGUCCUCGUGGUUUGAGGGGACUUCAGGGCCCGAUGGGUGCAGUAGGAGACAGGGGUUUACCUGGUUUCCGAGGCAAACCUGGUAUUGCUGGCAUCAUCGGCAAGACAGGUGAUGUUGGAGAGAAAGGACCAGAGGGAUUUAGAGGGCCAAAGGGCGAGAUUGGCAAAAUUGGUCCAAAGGGAGUUCCCGGGGGAGCAGGACCAAAAGGGGAGCCUGGCAUCCCUGGCAGAGACGGGAAAGAUGGCACCCAGGGACUGGACGGCGAGAAGGGCGACGCCGGACGGAAUGGGGCACCCGGUGAGAAAGGACCCAACGGCCUUCCUGGUUUACAAGGAAAGGCUGGCGCAAAGGGAGCCACAGGAGGAGUUGGCGACCCAGGAAAGAUGGGAGAGGCAGGGCCGUCUGGAGAGCCAGGUAUUCCUGGCGACAUCGGUAUCCCAGGAGAGAGGGGCGAGGCGGGAACCAGAGGAGUGGCUGGGGGCAUCGGACCAGUGGGCAACAUCGGGGUUCCGGGCAGCAAAGGCUUCCAGGGAAUAAAGGGGUCUCUGGGGGACCCUGGCCUUCCCGGACCAACCGGAAUCCGCGGCGGAUUUGGUGAGAGGGGUCCAGUCGGAGCAUCAGGCCCUAAAGGAGACGUGGGUGUGGCAGGAGCUGAUGGUUUGCCCGGGGAGAAUGGAGAACCUGGUCCAUUCGGUCCAGUUGGCCAAAAAGGAGAGUCUGGGAAGCGUGGAGAGCUGGGACCCAAGGGCGUGGUGGGACCACAGGGAGAGCUCGGAGCCAGAGGGGUUCCUGGGAAACCAGGCCUCAUGGGCUUUCAGGGUGAACAGGGUCUGUCCGGAAUCGCUGGCAAGAUUGGUGUUCCCGGUAAACUGGCAAGCGAACAGCACAUCAGAGAAUUGUGUGGAUCUAUGAUUGAUGAUCAGAUUGCAAAGCUGGCUUCCAACCUCAGAAGACCCCUGUCCCCUGGCCAAGUGGGUCGCCCCGGCAUUGCCGGACCUCCGGGGAAGCCAGGCGAGACUGGGUCUAUCGGUCACCCCGGCUCCCGUGGAUCUCCUGGCUACAGAGGACUGCCUGGAGACCUGGGAGACCCCGGUCCCAGAGGUGAUCUUGGUGAACAGGGUGACAAGGGACCCAUUGGAAAAGCCAUCGAAGGGCCCGUUGGAGACCAAGGAUACCAAGGUAUCCCAGGAGUAUUUGGAAUUGUCAAAGACGGGCGUGACGGAUCCCCAGGAGAUCCAGGAGAACCCGGAGAGGCAGGUAGGACAGGAAGGACCGGGCACUCGGGCUCCCCAGGAAUCUGCGACACUACCGCCUGCCAGGGGGCAAAUGUCCAUGCGAAAACCUCCAAUCCCAAGAACCAUUAAACAUUACUUCCCUCAUCCCGGAACUAGCCACCCCUGGGAGGAGAAAAGAUGAGGAAGAGAUGGAGGAGAGGAGAGAGACGAGUCACAUAAUGUCCUCUUUAAAUGUAUUUAAAACAAGACGGGAACAGUAGCAACAGAUUUAUUUUGAGGAAGAGAAGAACAUCCCAAGAGUGUUAAAAGAAGGAAAACAGCAGUUUGGGAAAACAAAGAAACAAACUGAGACUAAAAAUCUAGACUCCACCCAUCCAUGAAGUGGACAAAGCUGAGUAAACAUUUCACAAGAGAGUUAGAAAACACCAGCAUUGCUCCAAAUACCAUCAAAAGUUAUUUUUUUUAUUUUUAAAUUAACAACUGAAAACAACUUUACUGGAAAAGUGCUUAUAGGCCAUUAUUUUUCAAAAUCAUUUGUGUGUAAAAGUAUGUACUUAUGUUCUUUCACUCCCUAAACAUCUUGCGUCACAUACCCCUCUAUGGAAGAUAACUCUCCAAAACACUACAACCGUGAUUGUCCUUGCAGUGAAUGUGUACGUGUCAAGGUCCUUUCUGCAUAGACCUCGGGUGUUACCUCACAAGACAAGCCUAUGAUAUUGUAAAAUAGGAAGAUAUGUGCCAUUGAGCAAAGUGAAGUCUGCCAAGGAGCUUUGUGUGUAUCGCAAACAGUCAAUGAAGAAACCUAAGCGCCCAGAUAUUUUGUAUAUUGAUGCAACCACAGUAUUUUCCAACUCUUGAUAGAUUCGUUUUUUUUUUAAUCAGUUUUUUUUUGUCAAUUUCCUUUUUUGUCUUUCGUUUCACUUUUCACGAUUACACGUUUGAUUUUAAAAUCUCCCCUUCCAAUAUGUUUUGAAAAUAAAUACAGUUGUGGAUGCAUCAGAAAUUGUAAUUGUAGAAUAACACAAUUUGUGUUCUUUAUCUUUUUAAUUUUGCAAUGACCACAUCCACUAUAUACCGGUGCUGUAUCUAUUAAAUAUACAUGACUUUAAAUACUAUUUAUUAUUUGUCGGUGACUGUUGUAUGUACAGUAAGAUGCUACAGCACCAUGUAAGAAAUAACAAAUAAAGCCACUUUUCAGUAAAACAUUA